ACCCCCCUCCAUCCUCUAAACAUUUCCACAAAACAAACUUCCUCCAUUUUUUUUCUUCUAAAUAACACAAAACUAAACAAAACACCUUCAAUUCUUUGAACAAAUUCAAUACCCUUCAAAAGAAAGCCAUUAUUAUGGGAAGAUACCGUCGUACAGUUUCGUUUCCGAACCCGCCCACGCCGCACAUCCGCCCCGCUGCUAAAGGCUACCACGUCCGGUCUGCCUCCCUCCCCUGCAUUCGAUCCCACCCGUUGAUCCCUCAGCUCCGAGACGAGGUUAACGAGCUUCGGGCAUGGGAACGGGCCCAAUCCGGGCCUGGAUCGGGCUCCAUUGUAGACGGGUUGGCCCGUUUGAAGGGUGUCUUAGACUCCCUUGACGAUGUCCUCCAGCUGCCCCUGACACAGGACUCUCUUUCUAACAAAACCAACGUCGUUGAGAAGCUUCUAGAAGAUUUUCUCCGGUUUGUAGACGUGUAUGGUAUAUUCCGGGCCUCAAUGUUGGGCCUAAAGGAGGAAGUUUCCGCUGCACAAGUUGCCCUCCGUAGGAAGGAUGACUCCAAGAUUGGCCUAUUCAUCAAGGCCCAAAAGAAAAUAGCUACUGAAGUUGGCAAGCUAAUCACCGCCAUCGGCUCAGUCCCGGAACAACCACCCGUCAGCCCCUCCGUCGUUGCGGUGUCCGACUACGACGACGAGCUCGGUUAUGUGAUCAGGGACGUGAACCGGCUAACGGCUUCCGUUUCCGAGGCCGUCUUCGUGUCGGUUUCGGGCUUUUCGGGCCGAAGGCCCACAUGGGCUAGCUUUGGGCUCGGGAGGAAGGCAAGAAAGGAAGAACAAGGGUUGAUUGAGGAGUUUCAAAAGGUGAUAGGAGGAGUGGAAAAUUGGUUAGAGUUGAGAAAAAAUAAUAAUAAGAAGAAAAAUAGUAGUAAUACUAAUAAUAAUGAGGAGGAAGUAAUGAGAAUGGGAUUGUUAAAGGGAAUGCAAGAAUUGGAGGAUUGUAUUGGAGAACUAGAAAGAGAGAGUGAAAGAGUGUUUAGGAGUUUGAUUAGCACAAGAGUUUCACUCCUAAACAUCCUAACUCAUGCAUAGAAACAUCUCUUACACGAUUCUUUGAAAUUGAAAUUUGACUCUAGUAACUAAUUUUUUUGUUUCCCCCCUUUAUUUUUUUGGAGUGUAAGAAAGUUAAAAAGGAUCAAAAAUCAAAGAGAUGCAUGAAAAAGAAUUGAUGAAUAUUUUUUUUCUUCUAUUUUCCCACUUGUAUAGUCAUUCUUUAUGUACAUGAUCACAUAGAUAUAAUUAAUGCAUAUAAAUAUUAAUUCUCCAAUUAUCGUUC